UGUUGGGACUUCGAGCUGAGUAGGACAAGUCUGUGGGUAUUAUAAAAGAUUGAGCAGAAGAGGAGGCAAUCAGAGCGAGGUGAGAAAGAUCUCAAAACACAUUGAACCCUAAAGAGUGUGUAAAAAGAGAGGACACCGUUCUUCUUAACCUACAGAUCUGUUGUUUAAGAUGGCGCACGAGAAGAGGUUUCAAGGAAUUCCCAUGUCAAAGUCAAUGAGAGGUUUGUGUAAAGAGGAGGACUAUGUGUUUCUGGGAACGUCGGAAAGGACAGAAGGAGCGGUGGCUUUAGGGGACGACUGGAGAGACAGGAAGGAGGAGAGGGUCCGCAGGCGAUUAGAGCAGGAGCAGCAGGAAAAAAAACGACUCAGGGAAAUAGAGGAGAGCAAGAAGGAGAAAGAGCAGCAGUGGCGCACUCAUGUAGCAGAGCUGACCUCCAGCCAGGAGAAGACUCUGCAAGACAGACUGGCAAGGCUGCGCAGAUUCAGGGAGUUCCAGAAGAAGGUGAUGGAAGAGGAGUCUGGAGAGGAGGGUGCACCAAGCAGCCAGGCAGUCAAUCAACUCCUCACCAGGAUGUAGAUGCAUUAAAGGAUAAUCAAGAAGAAGGCUGGACCGCUACUUUAGUGGCCAGAACAUAGCAUUCUAAUGCAAAUAUAAAUUUAACAGUCACAUACUGAAUGAACUGCUUUAAAUCUUUUAAAGUUAGUUAUUGUAUCUGGCAGUGCUUCUUUUUGGGGAUUAUACCAGAGAUUGCUGACUUGUGGUUACAGUGUAAUCUUGCCUAAAUGAAGCAUGCAUUCUCCUUGCUGUUGCAAAUCAACUGGCUGUUUGUCUGGUG